ACUUAUUACUAUCGCCCAAUAUGCUCCGAGUACACAAGAUGAGACAACAUCCUAAAUCUUUCGGCUCAGCGGGUCCUAGUUCUAGAGGUCCAUCAGGGAAGAAUCCGCAUCCGCGCUGCUUCGCUUUAUCAGACGAUGGAGCAGAAUGUGAUCGCGAGACAAAUGGGCCAGAAUUCUGCCCCUCUCAUCACCAAGAGCGCAAACGGCUUUAUGAAGAAUACAAGCAGGCAGAAAGCGACUAUAAUAGCUUGGUGCUACCUAAGGAUGACUUCCCAGUCGAGCUGGUCAAGCAGAAGAUCGGGCUUGGGAGGAAAACCCUCGAUUUGAGAAACAAAGUCAAUCGGCGCUUCUUCAGUCAGUCGGGACAGAAUCGAGGGCAUAUACGCUGGAUCUUAAAGUUGGAUGCUGAAGUCAAUGCUUUGGAGGAGAGGGUUAGGUUGAAGGAGGGACAAGGAGAAGGGGCGGAAGUUUCUUCCCAGGGCAUAGGGCGGGACGAUGAGAAAGUAAUGCAACAGGGGACAUUCGUCUAUCGGUCACUUCUUUCCCCGGAAGUGCCGCUCUCCGAGCUUAACCAUUUGACGGGAAACAAUCCGGUGAAAAUUAUCAAAGAAUGUAUACAAGCGGUUACCGAUGCAUUGGUGGAGCGACUAUACGGGAUUGUACCGGUCCUCGAUGACUCGGGUCCGAUGAUCAAAAAUGCUGGAGGGGAGGAAGAACGGAGGCCUGAUGAUGGAGAUCAGGUCAUGCGCUUUAUCUUUCGGAGGUUCCUACUCUGGAAGGCGGAUGCCGAUGUUUUAGCUCGAGCAACCAGAGCAGAAAGCAUUGAUUGCUUUCUUCGCAGAAGCCUCCCGGGUGAAGUGAAAGAGUAUAUCGAGUUCUUCACGGAAGUAUUUCCUCGGGAAGGCACAUUACAUCUCCUUCGUGAUGCUGUGUGUGACUAUGUCUCUCCGCCUGUUAUUUCAUCGAUAAGUCUAGCAGGCGGCUUGGUCGCUACUGAUAACGAGCAUCGUCAGAUGAACCUUCGGGCUUGGGACAUCUUGUACAUGUAUUUCUCGGACAUCGUUGAGGCGUGGAAUGUCGAGUUUCUGUGUUUCGGCUUCGCAGAUGUCCUUCUUAUCAAAAGGCUCAUCGCGCUGAAGCGGUAUUGCAACAAGGACGAGACCUCCGGAUGGCUGCCUGACAAUGAUGCUGUGUCUCUCGGAAACCUCGUUGCGGUGCUCCAUGGCUUCGUGGCUGCGACAAAGGGUUACUGCGAUCCUCCAAUCCCACGAAUAUCUGAGAAAGAUGGGACCAUCACGGCAAAGGAGUCCCGUUGUUAUCUCGCAGGGAGAAUGGCCACGUCCAACCCGUUGACAGUGAGGUUUAUUCAAGACAUCGUCAAACGCGUUGGCCGUUACAUUGUCGUUGUACAUGACUUCGAAGGGAACAACUCCGGCUCACCGAAAUUAUUCUCUCGCACAGUUGAGGGGGAAGAGAAUCCCUGGGUUACGCGCACGAAAUCCGUCAGCGUCGGGGAGCAAUUGGACGAUGUCGCCUGGAAUGUCGAAUGGUCUUUCCAAAACAUAUAUCGCGAUCUACAGCUUAUUCGGACAUUGCGAGAAAGGCAUCUAGACAAAGACUAUACGGAAUUCAUUAUCAUUGACAGGCAUCCAGGACGCGAGUUCCAACUCUUAUACCAGGUGUCAGAUGCUUUGAUGAUGUUGGCGGGUGACCCUUCUCCGAACGAUGUUCUUCGAGAUUUUAUCCGCGCCACGGUUCCACUAGAUAAACAGGAGAAGUGGUUGGAAGGGAUCACCAUUGACGACCCCUCAUCUGAUGGCUUGAGUUCUGAUGGCAUAUGCUACGAAGGAAAUCGAGUGCGAGCAUGGGAUGUCAUGGAAAAAAAUGCCGACGUCGUGCGCAGCUUCACCAUGAAGCGGAAAUCGAUAAGAGAACGACGACUUAUAUGCAAGAUCGUACAGGAAAUCGAGGCCAAGGGCCUUAUUAUCCCGCUGGAAAAGGCUGGAGCAGCUCAUUGCUCCCCCAUGUUACUGAGAGGUACCGAUGGGCAUGAGGACAUCUAUUUCAAUUACAAUUUCGGGCCCAUUGACGAGACACGGGCAUCCCAGAGCCGUUUCAAUCCAAUGCGGAUUUCCACCUCCGCUGGCGCUUUGUCUGAAUUUGUGCGUAAGAUUCAAGCAGUGCAUCCGGGAUCAGUCUUCGCUAAAGGACGAAUAAACGUUCAUUACUGCGCAUGGCCAAUGCCAGCAGUCAGGCCUGGUUGGCUGGGAUACCCGACAUUCUGCACUGCCGAAGGCUAUCUUUACCGUUGGAGCGUUUUGCCUUUUGACUUCCCCCUGGCCGCACGCAUGUGGCAAUACUAUGUUCACAAUGAGAUGAACCUGAAGUUUCCGUUUGUCUACUUUGUCGGCACAACCUUCAUUGUGUCGGCUGACAGUCUAAACGAUGCAGAGAGCAACAGGCGCGCACUACUUGAGGCUGCUGAUAAACACGGUUGGACACUGUCUGUGCCGUACCCGUCGGAAUGGACGGGGGAUGUUGAUGUUUUGGAUAUAUCGACAUUGUGGGAAGGGAUCUAUCCUGCAGUGUCGAGGAGGAAGAAGAUUGAUCAGAAGACUGGGUAGGUGGCAUGUAAUUGGUAGUAGGGUUGCAUCAUAUUUGUCCACGACUAGGCAAUAUGUUAGAUGACAAGGACAUGAGGGUGAAUAUAUACAAGGUAU